AUCAUAUUUAAAUACAUGCGUUUUUGAGCAAAAAAACCCUCAAAACUAAAUCACACCCCUAAUAAAAAAGAUCGAUUAUACCUUUAGCAACUCCUGAUCUUGAUCGAUGUUACAAGGAUUUAAAAUAUUAUACUGUAUUAAUGACACAAGAUACUCUCAACUUUACAGGUUUUACAGUUAUAAUUUAUUAUCAUAAAUUAUCAUAAUUUUUUACUUUUCUUAGAGAUUAGAAAGCCAAAACGAAUCAGGAAGCAAGCAGAUAAUGAGAGUUAUUAUAUCCCAAUUAUUAAUACAUCUUAUCAGCUUAAUCUUUGACACUGAGAAUCUGUGACACACGAAGCUUAUGAAUUGAAUUCGCGAUGGGUGGUUUUCGACGAAUUGAAAAGAGAGAAAUGAAGAAUAUUGAAUCGAAUCUUUUUGUGUCUGCUUCCAGGCGUACAUCUCCUGCGCUCUGGGUGUCCACAGGGUCGGCUACGUCAUGAUCUGCUUCGGGGUGGUCAACGCAGGCUGUUCGUUGUUGUUCGGUUCGUUAAUGAAAUUCGUCGGUAGACAGCCACUAAUGGCGCUGGGUGCCAUCGUUCAUGCCUCCCUCGUAGUCGUUCUUCUCAUGUGGAAGCCUCACCCUGAGAAUCCCUAUGUCUUUUACUCCGUGUCGGGAUUGUGGGGUGUGGGUGAUGCUGUGUGGCAGACGCAGGUUAAUGGGCUCUACGGCACGCUGUUCAGGCGCAACAAAGAAGCGGCCUUCUCGAACUACAGGCUGUGGGAGAGCGCCGGCUUCGUGAUCGCCUAUGCGUACAGCACGCACCUCUGCGCCCGUAUGAAGCUGUACGUGCUGCUGACGGUGCUGAUCACUGGCACCACGGGCUAUGUCAUUGUCGAGCUGCUGCACAGGCGCAAGCAACGACGACUCAAAGCGAUCGCUGAGGACCCGAAGGCCGCCCAAAUCGAGGCGAAUCAGCCGGAGGAGACCGACGACGAAAAGGACGACCUCGACGACGAGAUCAUCAUCACCCACCUGUGAGUGAGCCAGAUUGACGCAUUGAAGUCGUUACAAAAACGUCCGCUCGCGCCGUUUUCCCGUCUCGUCGAGGAGGAUUCGAGACGAUGGCCGGAGGACGGGAUCGACCGAUCUCGAUCAGGUAUCCUCUCCUCCGUUGCAUCUGACGAACUCUUCUACUUAUUUCCCCUCAUUUUUGUUCACCGAUUGACUCAGUGAUUCGCCAAGGAUUGUUUAUUCAUUGCGGAGGGUAAAAGUCGGAGGGGCGCGAGUCGGAAUGACGGAUGUGUAUGUAUGAAUGUGUAUGUGCGUGUGUGUAUGCACGAUACUUCCACGAUGAAGUGGAAAUGCCGAACGUCGACAUCGCUUCGCGCGAACACUCGAGGGUGUGAUUCGGCUGCCACCUUCCUCGGCGGGACCGGAAGAGUGUGGCAGAGGCGCAGGAGGGGCUUGGCGAUCGUGGAAUUGCUGAGCUUAUGUCAUUUAAUGCCUCGUUGUUUGAAGAUAAGAGACAAUGAAGCGAUCGCUGUACACCAGUGAACGGCAUUCCUAAUCAGAUAUAAGAAUGGCGUUAUCAGUCACACAUCGCGGUAGACGGACUCACUUGCGUGAGGUGUCAGUGUGCGUCUGUAUGUUUAAAACAGUAUUCUUCCUGC